AUGCGCAAUACGGCAAUCCACAAGGGCAGAUGGGGGAGUUGGUUGGGUUAUGAGUGACAUUCUGCUUGUGUAAACGAGCUAUCUAUUACAGAAGAUUCAAUACAUUAUAUUAAAAAAAAAAAAAAAAAAAAAUAGCACAGUAGGGGAGUGAAGAAUGUGACGUGGGAAACAAGUACAGUGAUUGGCGUUUUUCAAGAGUCGACUUCUCUGCAGCUGAAGAGCCUGAUUCAUCUAAGGAGCGUUCCAAUGGACAUCACAUAUAGUGCAAGUAUGCUUGAGUGUGGAGAUCAAUGAAGCUCUUGUGAUUCGACCACAAGACAGAGGGCUCCAGAAACCACCAGGCUUUGUCCUGGAACUGUUUAACGAAACUGCUACUUUCCAUAGAGCGAUUUCGAAUUUCUCUGAAGUCAGCUACCCUGUGGAAUAUGGGACCCAAUCAGAUUGCUGCUUGUUGCCAGGGAGACAAGUGUGUGAGUGUCUUUAUUUGAGCUCGGGGAGAGAUGGCCUAAGAAGCCUGUACUGUUCCACUCAGCCCUUUAAGAUCAGUGUAGCCACACCUCGAGAUUCUUUGGAAACUCUUUGUGGAAAAAGUAUCACUGCGCCCCUCCAGGGGUCUUCUAACACAGAGCUGUCAGGGCGGCUGCCUCUCGUCUCCAGUGAAUGGCACUGCCGCUGUACCGACAGGGCGUGGCUGUCCGAGGCUGGGCUGGUGCGCUGGGAGGAGUCAAUAGCGGAAUUGGUGGGCGGCCCAGCUACUGCAUCAAAGGAAGACAGAGAUACCUUCACUGUCGAUGGAACCCGAAAGAGAAACCGGAUUGGUGCACUUGUGGCCCUGUCCGCCCAAUCAGCAGCUUGCCCUGCUGUCUAUCCCCACCUACUUGUCUGCACUACCAGACAACCAGCCAAUUAGGGCUGGAGCCUGUCCUGCGAGCGACCAGACGUCGGUCACUGCCUGUGGAGCACGGUCAGAUCACUCUUCCACACCUCCUCCCUGCAUCGCCCUCUGCCUGCUUCCCAGAUGAUAAGAUCAGCCUCUGCUUGCUGGUGGGCAGCCAGGGACACAAGACCCUGGUGGAGGUGCCUUACUCUGGGCUUGCCCGCCUAGGCGAGCUUCUGGCACUGCAGGUCUCUGAAUGUAAACAGGACGAGGUUCUCCUCUCCCAGCUGGUCGACUCUGUCACAACGGUGGAUGGCUGCCGGGAGGACGACAUCAUGGUGGAGUCGCCCAGUCCCUCUGCGCCCUGGGAAGGCUCGGCCCAGCCCUUUGACAUGAACGAGAGCCACCUGGACUCCUUCCGCAGCCUGUUUGACAGCAAGUGGUGUAGGAUGCCAUUCCAUGCUGGGUUCCUGUAUCCAGACUCACACCCCAUGCACAGAGGGGGGUUGGUGGUGUUUGAGAAGAGCCAGGUUCUGAGAGGAGGGCAGUCCGAGAAGAGCGAUAGGAAGAUGGAGCAACACCUAGCUAACAUGCAUGACAAACUACGCAGGGAGUUACCCAACUUCUUUCUAAAGAACCAUGAUUACAAUAUAUAUUCCAAGGAUGUGGAGUUUAUCAACGAGUUUUUGCACAUGAAGACCAAAGGCCGGGGGAUGUACCAGGCAGCCCUGACGCUGUGUCGCUUCCUGGCCUGGAACUGCUUUGCAGAUAUUCAGAUGGAGGUUCUGAAGCUGACCCAGCACCCUGAGAGCUGGAGCGUGCAGGCGCGAUGGCGGGUCCGCGGGCUGCCUCUGCACGUGCUGCUCCUGCGCUUCUACAGGAGGGACAAGAGCGACCUCUACAGGACCUACGAUGCCUUCUCUACAUUUUACCUGGGAUCAGAUGGACUCAUUCACUGUCACAAAGUGGACAAGAUGAUGCCCGCACAGCCCCCUCCCCAGAAGGUAAAGGGACUGCUGGUCCGCGCACUGGUGACAUUGGGUAUGCAAGAGCACCGACCCGCUCUUAACCUGCUCCUCACACAGCUGGCACUGAAACUGGGGCAGCGGCACUGCUGAAGGAUUGCCAGCGAAAAGCUAUAAUUAAUAAUUGCUUUUUGCACUUGCAAGUGUGAUGGGAGACCCAAGUACCUCAAAGAGGGUUUGCUAGAGAAUGUUCUAAUCACUCUUAAGGUCCACGGUUGGUUGUGCAAUAUUCCACCCUUUGUAUACAGCUCCAGAGCCAGCCUACAGCUAUGACCAAAAGUGUUGCAUCACCUCAAAUUCUAAGGUUGAGACGUAAUUCAAAAUAAAAAAUAAAACUUUAUCAACAUAAUGUACAUGUUUUAUUUAACAUCAUGUUAUCAAAGAAACAGUAAAAGGAUAUCGCAAAUAUAGUGGUACGGUAUUUCUUGUUAGAUUUCGAAAUGUCACAUUUUUACUUUUUUUUUUUUUUUUUGUCAUUUCUUUUAUUAAGUAUAUGGAAAACUACAGUUAUUCAUUACAUACGUUAGUCAGCAGGUUCCAUUCAACAUUAUGAAGCAAAAUUGGUUAAUUCUGUAAGGUAAUGCUAAACUUUUGGCCUUAGCUGUAGUUCCAUAACCAGCUUCAUAAAACUCUGUUUAGUUCAGCUAGAGCCUUUAUGAAGUGUUAUCGCAGCACUUGCUUAUUAAGAGCACAGUUUGCCUCGAGUAAAGGUAGCAUAACAGAGAAUAAAAGCAGGACAACGAAGCACUUUCACAGGGACAAAAAACGCCUGUGGACUGAUCGCUAGCAAGAACGUUGUAGUUGCAAAGUUCUCAAAGCUGUAAUUUUUGUUACUUGCAAUGUUCUUGGCGUCAGCUAUGGGAGGUGACAUCCUUCAACCGGUCAGCAAUGUGUUUUUUGUUUUUUUUUUUAUUAUUAUUUUCAUUCUUAUUUUCAUUUUCAUAUUGUUAUUAUUAUUAUUAUUAUUAUUAUUAGCAUUCAAAAUGGAUUUGAAUUCUUCUUUCUCUGAAAUCAUUUUUUUUUUUUUCUUGAAAAGGAAUGUUUUAGUUUCCCGGGAUCCAAAAUGUCACUUCAAGAAGGAAGUUUGUAUAUAAUUAAUGCUGUUUCCAUUUGUUAAUGCGAUGGCUACAUGGUACUGGAUGUAAAAAAAAAAAAAAAAAAAAAGACAAUUUAUUAAUUUAUUAAUAUGUCAUGUGGCAAUUAAAAACCUUCAUUUUUAACUCUAAUGGCAUGCUUGCCUCUAUACUUACCAACAGAACUGACCCCCAGCCUCACCCUGGCUGCUGUAACAUUUAUAUCUCCUAAAAUAUACAUAAGAUCUUGUCUGUAGUAAAGGUGUGUGUUCCGUCUAUAGGUAAGGCUUUAGAUUUUCAUAAAGCUCACCCUUAUGUCCACGUGUGUCAAACUAUACUCAAACGAAAAAAAAACAAACAUGUUUUCAUGUCUGCAAUGUCAAGGUCAUUAUUUUGUGUCUUAAAAAUAUAAAACACUCAACUGCUGUGUUUAUAAAAUACAUAAUUUAAUACAUGCGUCUUCCUAGGAAUAUAGCAUAUAAAAUGAGACUAAACGCAUGGUUCCUUGAGUUAAGUUUAAAACUAAAACAAACAGGAUAUCAGAAACAGUAGCUUGUGGAUUUUUUUUUUUUUUUUCUGCAUCGUUUCCUGCUCGUUUACAAAUAAGUGUAUACUAAUAAAUUCUAUUGCAAUAAAGAUCGUUGUGUGCAUU